AUGGGGCACAGUAACCAAAUUACCUCCUUACAAAGAAAAGCAAGAUGCUGGGGUACAUACCGAAGGAGACAUAACAAUUUGUCUGAACAAGUUGGUUCCGGUAUUCAUCCUUCAUCGCAGCAGCAGCAAGAUGGAGCUCCAGCACCAAAUGAUGCUCACGUGAGCACUCAAGGAAGAUAUGCUCCCUAUGCCAUUCCACCCUCUCAUUGGAGAGGCAAUUUUCAGGAAGGAGACCAAACUCAUGUUAACAUGGAGACAGAGGAGAAGCCUCCAGAGAGAAGAGUGGAGAGAAGCAGGCGGGCUGAGACCAUGGGAAGCUGGUUCAAGAUCACAAUUCCAUUUGGCAUAAAAUAUGAGGAGAAGUGGCUGCUGAAUUUGAUUCAGAAGCACUGCAGUGUCCCCUUCACCCCAGUUGAAUUUCAUUAUAAGAAAAUGCAGGCCCAGUUCUUUGUUGAGAAUGCCAACAUUGCCUUUGCUCUGAAGAAUGUCAGUGGCAAGAUUUGCACUGACAACAAUGAAAGGAUAUCUGUCUUUGUUGACCCCUGUGAUGCACCCUAUUCUAUGCGGAAGGAGCUGCAGUCAGAAAAGGUGGAGCAGAUAAAGCUGACCAUGAACAAACUGUUUGAUGCCUCCCAGGCAUUUCUUAACAGCCAGAGACUCUGCUUUGGAUCUGGCUUGAUGACCUGUAAUGUUGAAAUGCCACGGAAUCCGAGAUAUCGCAUGCCUGCCCCUCUGCAGAUCCGUGGAGAGAACAUGCCCAAGAUUUUGUCCUUGGAUUUGAGCAACAAGAGACUCUGCCAGCUGGGUGGCCAGUCUGACGCUAUACAGAAUGCUUCUGACAUCAAGAAUUUGAACGUCUCCAGCAGUGAGGCAAAGUCUUCAGGGGAGUUGGACAAGGGCCAGAGGCUGGAACAGGAUGGAAUGUGUGCAGAUAAAAACCCUCUGUGCACCACCUACCCUGAUAAGUCAACCAACAUAAGCUCCAUCCUGGAAUUGUUCCCCAAGUUAUUACGCUUGGAUGACCAGGAGACACCCCCACCGGCUAAGUUAGGUGUGGACAAACAUAAGAGCUUACCAGCCUGCAAGGAAAGCAGUGAAGGAUCUGAUGAGCUGAAGAGUCUGAUCCUGCAAUUCCUGCAGCAGUAUUACUUGAUCCACGACUCUGGAGACCGACAGGAUCUCCUGGGUGCUUAUCACGACGAGGCCUGCUUCUCCCUGACCAUUCCCUUCAACCCCGAGGACCCAGCCCCGAACAGCUUGCGGGAGUACGUCAAGGACAGCAGGAAUAUGAAGAAGCUCAAGGACCCCUACCUGCGGGUCCAGCUGCUGAAACACACAAAACGUGACAUUGUGCGCUCCCUCUGCCUGUUGCCCAAAACUCAGCAUGACCUCAGCUCCUUCGUGGUGGACAUGUGGCUCCACACGAACACGAUGCUCUGCUUCUCUGUCAACGGGGUGUUCAAGGAAGUGGAAGGAAGGUCUCAGGGUUCUGUUCGUGCCUUCACCCGGACCUUCAUCGCUAUCCCUGCCAGCCCUUCCAGUCUGUGCAUCGUGAAUGACGAGCUGUUUGUGAGGGAUGCCUCCCCCAGUGAGCCUCAGAGUGCGUUCUCCAUCCCAGUGCCUACACUCACCUCCAGCUCCGUGCACACCGGCUCCCGGGAGCAGCAGGAAAUGGUGCAGGCUUUCUCCACCCAGUCUGGGAUGAAACUCGAGUGGGCUCAGAAGUGCCUUCAGGACAAUGACUGGAACUACACCAGAGCUGGUCAGGUCUUCACUACGCUCAAGGCCGAGGGCAAGAUCCCAGAGGAGGCCUUCAAACAAAUCCCCUAAAAGGAGCCCUUGGAUGACGUCUUUG